UACAUAAUAGAAAAUAAUUAAUCAUCAACAAAUUUCAAGGGUAAAUUCAGUUUUACCAUUACCUAUGGCAUCGUGGUAUUCUGUCGCCAUUGCUGCCCUGAUGUAUCUUUUCUAUCAAUGGGUAGGGCAAGAUCCAUUUCAUGAACUGAAUGCUGUCAAACCCAUGAUGCCCUCGAUGCUGGUCUUCAUAGGCGUGCUGGAUCUGAUUGGCAACAAAGUGGAGUUGCCCCCGCCAAUUCUCUAUACGGCAUGCUGGCUGUAUAUAUUCAUCUACGAGCUCAUUAUAUCGAUCUUUGUGCUGUACCUCAGCAUGAGUGUGUUUUGGCAGCCAUUGGAGACCGUCAUCAUGCUCAUGAUGCGCAUAAUACUGUGCGGCUAUCGGCUUCAGUCGGAAGAAACCUACAAUCGCUACGAAGAGUAUUGGAUUGGCAGCAUUACACUGCCAUUAUCUCUGAUCAUUUUGGUAAUGCUGUCCAGGUCCCUCUUUUACAUCAGGACACAUCUGAUGAAGUACUUGAAUCGAUGAAGUUCAAGACCAGUUGGGGCUCUUAGAUUUCAAAAAUGAAUAAAAUAUACCAAUGCGUAUACAUUGAUAAA